GGCAGUUGCUUGACGUGUAAUACGUUUGCAACUUAAAUUGAAAAUCGACUGUUGUUGGCUCCAUCACGUGUAAACUUCUUUGCAGUACUUUGUCCAACCAUCGCCACAAAAUUAUCAAGCAUGGGAUUUGCAAGUAAUAAGCUCGCAUCAGCAAUGUCUGAUUUCUUAAGAAACAAUGGUGGUUAUGCUGUGAUCGAUGGUGGUUUUGCUACUGAACUUGAAAGACAUGGUGCUGAUCUCAAUGACCCACUUUGGAGUGCUAAGUGUCUCAUCGAUUCUCCUCAUUUGGUUAGAAGAGUGCAUCUUGACUACCUUGAAGCUGGUGCAGAUAUUAUCAUUACCGCAUCUUAUCAAGCUACCAUCCAAGGUUUUAUGGCAAAAGGCUUCAACAAAGAAGAAAGUGAAGCUCUGUUGCAAAAGAGUGUCCAGAUUGCGCGUGAAGCGCGUGCCGAUUAUUAUGAAAAUAAUGGAAAUGAAAGAAAUCUUCGGAAUUUUCCUGUUCUGGUUGCUGCUUCAGUAGGUAGCUAUGGAGCUUAUUUAGCUGACGGGUCUGAAUACAGUGGAAAUUAUGGUGGAAAUGUCACACUUGAAUAUUUGAAGGAAUUUCACAGGAGAAGAUUACAGGUUUUAGCAGGAUCUGGUGCUGAUCUGAUUGCGUUCGAGACAAUUCCAAAUAAGCUUGAAGCUCAGGCUUAUGCAGAACUGCUCGAGGAAGAUGAUAUAAAGAUCCCAGCAUGGUUCUCCUUUACUUCCAAGGAUGGUGUGAAUGUGGUUGGCGGAGAUUCUAUCCUUGAAUGUGCUUCGGUUGCUGAUUCAUGUGACAAGGUUCUUGCUGUAGGGAUCAACUGCACCCCUCCUCGAAUUAUCCAUGGACUGAUCCUGUCAAUUCAGAAGGUGACCACCAAUAAACCAAUACUUAUAUAUCCCAAUAGUGGCGAGACAUAUGACGGUCAGACAAAGACAUGGAUAAAAUCUACUGUUGUAUCAGACUUGGAUUUCAUUUCUUAUGUGAACAAAUGGCACGCAGCCGGUGCUUCUCUGAUAGGAGGCUGCUGCAGGACUACUCCGAACACUAUUAGAGCAAUAUCGAAUAACCUCUCCAAAGGGCAUGAUGCUCCUAGGCCAUCCGGGUCUGUAACAUCUUCCCAUCCAGUCAUAUAUCAACUUGUAAACUGAGAGACCAGAAUCCAUCUGCGAUCUGUUGCAUGUACUAUGUUGUUUCUAUGUUUUUCCACAUUUCCUUGCUUUAGUAUUUCUUUUCCCUUGUAUGAAAUGAAUUUUCUUUUUAAUAACAAAGCAUUAGAUUAAACGCUAAUAAAAGUCAUACAACAAAAUGUUUGAGCCAUAUCCAAGCCUUCCUUAACUUGACAUUUCAAAAAAUUAUGAAUUUAUGAUGUGGGUUAUGUUCCAAAAAACAGGCCCUUUUCCUUCCGCACCAUUUUGCUAGUCAGAUUCUUCAUUUAACUUUCUAUUCAGGUGCUCAAUGUUCCAGCUUGUAAACCCUUCCGAAAAGUUAUGUACAUCUGAGAGAAUCGUUUUAGCUCUCCAUUCACAGGUUCGUGGGCUUCUUGUUAAAAACAAGAACUACUUCUUAAGUUCUUAACUAUCAUUUUGAAUCUUUACUGUUGAGAAUUGUA